AUGGAUAACAAACCAUCAUUGAGUCAGUAUUUUAGUAGUUCGGAAGUGCCGCCCGCUUCGCAGUUUUUCGACGAAAUUGGAACAUCACCGUCUGAGAUGAUUCAAAGCGUUUAUCUUGGGGAAAAUGAAGUGAACACCACAACGGGCACUAAUCUUUUCUCCCAAAAUGUGAGCGCAACACUUACCCAGCAAAAGAAUUCUCAAGAGACGACUUUCACUAAUGUUUUGCCUACUGUUAGUGGAUCAUCUGCAAUCCCAGCAACAAGCCUGCCCGAUCCAUCAACAUUCUUCGAUACAAUUGGUCCUGAACCACAGAUAGGUUCUAAUAAAAGCGGAAUGGCAACUCCAGCUAUACUAACUGAGGCAAUGGAUGGAUUAAGUAUUAAGAACCAACCAGUUGACAAAGAAGCAGAGAGGCGAAGAGAUGCUUGGAUACCAACUGAGGAAGCUAAGAAAACUUUGCUGAAGGCCCAGUCAUCACCAAAAGGUUCAUUUUUUCCCGAAAGAGAAGUACUCACUAUGCCUGGCUUGGUACUAGAAGAGGAGUUGGCAGACGCCCUGCAAGAGGUUGCUGUGAAAUACCUUGGUGUGAGCUCUGCAGGCAGCCGAGGUGUGGUGAGGGCUGAGCAUGUGAGCAGGGACGAAGCCGGUCUUAGAGAGCUGCUCCGGACCGGAUACCUCAGAGCAGCAGUGAACCUCACGGCCACUUUGCUUACCGCAGCCGGCCAAGGCGUCGGUCGGAUGCACCGUCCGACGAAGCAUACGCCGCGCUCCCUCCAGCUAUGGCUGACCAGGUUUGCGGUGAUGCUGCGAAUAAAGCUGCACGAUCCACUCCUGAAGGAGGUCGAACCUUUCGGGGACCUCAGCAAGCCUGACAUGUUCUACCAGUUCUACCCGGACUCGUACGAGAAUCGAACUGGCUCGCUGGUGCCGUUCUCGCUGAGGCUGCUCAUCGCCGAGCUGCCGGGGCACGUUGGGAAACCCGAAGAAGCGACGGACAGGCUUUAUACGAUGUUGGACGUCAUACAGAAGAUCCUGUCGAACCUGCAACAGGGCAAAACGGAGGACGGCACGGCCACUUUCACCUCCGAACAGGACAGGGCUGAGUCCAUUCGCCUCUGGAGCGGCCGCCAGACUAGAGUCCUCCACUCGAUCGUCAACUGCGCCAUUGCCCUGAAGGACUAUCGGAUGGCCAGCAAUAUCCUGGUCUCCUUACGGAAGGGGGCCACGACCCCCGCCCAGAAUAGAGCGCUCUCCAGCGCCCUCUGCCGCCUCUGGCUAUUGGCCGGCCACGUGAAGGCCGCUGCGGCGUAUCUAGAUGAAGCCAAGGAAGCGCGCCAGCAUCUCUGCCCUACGGCCGACGUGCGGGAAUACGUGGACCUUGGUCUAUUGGACGUGGCGCACGGCAAGUACCACGAGGGUUAUGGCAACUUCGCGAGGGCCGCCGACCAGGAGCCCACCAACAUUAUGGUGGCGAACAACCUUGCGGUGUGCCUCCUAUACAUGGGCCGACUGAAGGAGGCGAUAGCGGUGCUCCAGAAGGCGAUAAACUCUGACCCCGAGAGGGGCCUCAACGAGAGCCUCCUAGUAAACCUCUGCACCCUCUACGAGCUGGAGUCGUCCAAGACCAACGAGAAGAAACUCAACCUGCUACGGAUGCUGUGCAAACACAAAAGCGACACCAUACCCAAUGUUUUAGAGUGCUUAAAGCUCAGC